CUCCUGAAGCCUUCUUCUGUCAUUUACCAUUUAGACAGUGUUAAGUCAGUCAUAGUGUUAGUCAGUCACAAUGAAGUGUAUAUUUAUUGUUUUAUUAAUUUUAAUGCUUUCUAACGGAUUUUUCUGUAAAAGCAAAAAUGGCAAAAAGAACAGCAAGAGUAGUUGCAGUAAUUCGCAGAACAAGGAAACAUAUAAUACAAGUGAUUCCAAGUUAACGAUCACAGUCAAUAUUACAAACAAAUGUAACGGACAAUUUUAUUUAAAUUUUACUUUAUUGGAAGGAAGUGAAGUGAAUGUGCAUUUUCACACGUCAUACUACAUAGGAGCUGCGAAUUUUACCGAAAGAGGCGAAGCAGACACACGCUUGGCACUGAAUUCUACACACGUAACGAAUUUGAGAACUUACAAGGAAAAGUAUGUGGUCGAAGUGGACUUUAUCAAUCCAAUAAACUACACACUUCCCAAGAAUUGGAUUUUGUAUAUUUACGGAGAAAAUGACGUAUGCAAUGAAGAAGGAACUUAUUCUAACAAUUGUAACGUUUCGCUCAACGGUAAAAAAUAUAUUGGACAUAAAUAUUCUGUCAAUUUUCAUGUCAUUGGCGUGUCCGUAAUCGUUAAUGAAAAAUCACUCACAACGAAAAGUUUAAAUCCUCAGAAUAAAACAUACACAUAUGUAGUAUAUUUACAUAGACCAGGUAACCAAAAUAUACAAUGCAUUUAUAAAGGAGAUAAUGAUGUAAAAAGUGAAUUGUUGACGUGGGAUUUGGAUACUAAUAAAAGUCUUAUAACUGAUAAGAAAAAAAAGUUAACAUACUCCAAAUAUCUGGGUGAGGAACAAGAAUAUCGGUAUCAAUGUAUAUUCAGCUAUAACGAUGUUUAUAACAAAAGUGUUAUAGGCGUUCAAGCCAUUAUUAUAUUCAAGUAUGCACAGGUAAACGAUAUUGCUGUCAAAUCGGCAAAUGUACAACAAUCUUUUCUGUUGAAUGGGAAUCCAAUGAAAAAUGACAACGAUUAUUAUUAUGAAGAGAAUGAAAGUAUAACGCUAGAAUGCUUUGCGAAUAUAACGAGCAAAAUUGAUACGGAUCCAGCUUUGGUACUUCACGUUUGUAAAAAUGACGAAUCACUCGCAACCGAUCCUGAUAACAACAAGCAAAUGGACACGUUCCUUCAAAUCAGAUAUUCAGGGAUGUUGUAUGCGGAAGACGACAAAACCAGAUUUAGUUGUGUGUUGACUGAAAAACUGACAAAUAAUUGUAAACCUUACUCUGGUUUAAUUAUCGCAAUAAAUUUCAUGAGGAGACAAUUCACGACGUCAGAACAAAUCUGGUUUUAUCCCGCGGUAGCUUGCGCUGGUCUUCUAAUCAUUGUUAUCAUUGUUUUCAUUAUUAAGCUUUUAAGAAAGAGUACGCGUGAUAUGGAAGAGUUAGUUGCAGCUGAAUUUGCCAGCGCCAACGAACCGCCGCCGCCAAAUUUUCCACACAACUCAACUUUAGAAGAUAUUUAUUGUAAACCAACAGACGUUACAUACUCGAAUCCCCAAGAAUUGUACUCAAUAGUCAUACCAAAGAGCAUGAGAAAUAAACAAAACACUGUGGAGUACGCAUCGUUGGAGUUUAAAAAAAAAAUUGCCGCGCAAAAUGAGGGUAGGUCGAAAAAUUCUGACAUAAACGAACCUACGUACGCAUGUAUAAAGAACAUUGAUGACAGUACGACAAAUUAUGCCAACGUGUUCAUGGAUCGCUCGGAAUAUGCUGAGCCGAAUUAUUGUGAAGUGAGUGUCGUAAAAAAGAAAGGUGUUUGAUAA